ACGCGGUGUUCUUCAUUCUCAGGCCGGGUAGGACCCCAGCAACAACUCCGCGAUCGGUUCGACCUAUGAAGAUUGAGCUUUACAAUCGCAAUCCAUCCUCCGAAUAGACAGCGUUUUGUGGAACUAUAUCACCGUCACUGAGCAGAAGACAUUCUUAAAUUGUUUAAUCCGAAUCAGAAGGCACUGGGAAGAGGCGCAAAGAAAAAUUUUCAUACUCGAUGACAUUACAUCGAAAUGUCCGAUCGUUUGGGGCAAUUAACCAAGUCCAAGGAUGGGAAAAGCAAGUAUUCCUCACUCAGCCUAUUUGACAAGUACAAGGGAAAAUCAAUAGAAUCUCAGAAAAACACAGUAGUUACGCGACAUGGCUUGCAGAGUCUUGGCAAAGUGGCAACAGCCCGGCGCAUGCCCCCACCCGCUCACCUGCCUAGCUUGAAGUCUGAAAACAAAGGAAACGAUCCCAACGUGAUUAUAGUGCCCAAAGACGGUACAGGAUGGGCGAACAAGCAGGAACAAACCGAUCAAAAGAGUUCCAGUGCAUCUACGCCACUGCUGCCGGAGUCGCAGCCGCAGCCGGCUUUACAGAAAUCUGUCUCCAAUCUUCAGAAGUCCUCACCAGUACCCAACCAGGAGAACACAAACACAGGUGGACCAAAGCAAUGGGGCCAGCUAAAUGGAAAGGCAGUAGAGCAAGAUGGUUCAAGGGCCUUAAACCGACUUCAGCCCUUCUCUCACGAGGAAUUUCCCACCCUGAAGGCAGCUGGAGAACAGGACAAAGCUGGCAAGGAAAGAAGCGGCUUCGAUCCGUCGUAUGGGCCCGGACCAAGCCUCCGCCCCCAGAACGUGACGAGCUGGAGGGAAGGUGGUGGCAGGAACCUUCAGCCCUCCUCGCUGACCCUCAGCCUCCCAGCAGACCCUGAGGGUAAGAACACUGCCCUGGGUGAGACGGGCUCUCCGCCGGCCUCAUCGCAUCCUUCCACCGCCACCACCUCUUCUUCUACUGUAGCGAGCGCUCAGUCACCGAGCCCCGACCCCAAGGAGCCCUCCCUCAGACCCGCCCAGCCAGUCCGCAGACCGACCGUCCCCACCGUCCUGCAGUAUCAGCUUCAACACACGUCAAACGCCGUCUACCACGACAUGUUGCCCGCUUUUAUGUGCGCUAAAGAGACACGUGAACCUACAGCCUCCGACAAUGUUACCACCGCUGCAGCAACCCCAGCCCGAUUUGACAGCAAACCCACCUUCAGACCAAGCUAUGCCAAGCCUGAACUUGUCAACGGAGAUUUAAGAAGAGAGAACCGCUUCGUCCGCGCUCCACCUCGGAUCUCUUCUCAGCCCAUCCGCAGGCCCACCGAGAGACCACCGCGUCCAGCCAUUAUUAACCCAGAGGACCUGAAGGAUCUGGACGAGCUCGACAACGACUGUGAGGACGGAUGGGCCGGUCUUCACGAAGAAGUUGACUAUAGCGAGAAGCUCAAGUUCAGUGAUGACGAAGAAGACCACUCUUCUAGUGAUAAAAACAAGAUGUGGGCCGAGUGGGAGAGGGAGAAGGAGCUCCAGCGAGACUGUCACUCCUCUCUUAGCUCUGGAGACGCGCCUUACUCUCAGGAGGCAGGAGAGGAGAAUUAUUCCUCCCAAAAUCAUCACCACGAGCCCCCGAGGAAACCCAUCGGCAGAUAUCUCUCCACCGACAGUCAGGCCCAGCAGAAACCCCACGGCGAGCCGGCGGCGGACUCGGACGAUCACCAGCGGUCCCAGAGUCAGGCGCCAGCCAGAGCGAAGUACGUGUCGCCCGAAGUGUCCGAGGCCGUCGAAAGGGCCCGGAGACGGCGAGAGGAGGAGGAGCGCCGUGCCCGCGAAGAGCGACUGGCCGCCUGUGCUGAGAAACUGAAAAAGUUGGACGAGAAGUUCGGGAAGACCGAAAGGCCCGCGUCAAAGACGGAAGACGUCCCGAAGGAGGUCGAGCGGAAGGAAAGCCCGCUUUCUCCGAACCGGGAACACUGCAAGGGCCACAACGAGAACUGGCAGUAUGCUACAAAAGAAGGAAGUGAGGCUCUGCCAGUCAACUCCUUUGGCCAUAGCUACCGUGAUGAGCAUCAUCGCAGCAGCGACGACGACGGCCCUGAACCCUCCUCCCCCUCAGAGGACUACGGCGGACGUCAGGCCUCCAAAGCAGUUCCGCCUCGCUUUCAAAAGCAGCUACAGCACCACCAGCAGCAGGAACAAGCCCCUAAAAUGCAGCACUGGCAGCAGUCUGGUCACCCGUCGAGCUCAAGUCACACCCAGCGGGGCUACUAUCCCCCACAUGUGCUCGGGUUUGAUCCCCGCUGGAUGAUGAUGCCACCUUUCAUGGAUCCACGCAUGACGCAGGGGCGCUCUCCCGUGGACUACUACCCUGGUUGUAUUCAGUCUUCAGGGAUGGUGAAACCCGUUGUGCAUCAAGACCACCUGAACAGUCCCAGCUCUGAUGAGGGAUGCCACGGCAACCUGCAGCAGGAGAGACGGGCCCCGUCUACCGAGCCGUACCCAGUUUGGAACCAAGAUGGCUACCCUUUACGCAGCUUCACUCCACCCUAUCAGAGACACCAUGAAACCUCAGAUAACGACUUGUCAGGGGAAAGAAGUAAUGUGGCCCCUUCCCAACGGGACUCUUUCGAGGACGGGGCUAAUCAGAGCUUGGCACACAACGAGGACGAGCUCGCCCAUAACGCGUACCACACACGAGACCCGGACAAAGAGCGCAAGCACCAUGACGCGGGCCUUCUCACCACCGCUCAAAACCUCUAUCCGAGGAGCGAAGGCGCCAAGCAGAAUCCGAGAGACAAGCACCCGAAGGAGAGCCCUGACUCUUUUGAGACCUUGGAUGGGUCCAAGGACAACUGGAAAAGAGACGGAGGCCUCAGCUCCCCGAGCCACUGGCCCGAAGCUACUUCCAGCAGUAGUGGCAACCAGGCGUCUGAGACCAGCGGACGGACGCUGAUCCGUAGAACCGGGCCCAUCAAGAAGCCGGUUCUCAAGGCUCUCAAGCUGGAAGACAAGGAGAACGAAAAGCCUAAACCUGAACCCGAAGAGAAGCCUGUCCCCUACCGUCUGGAGAAAGAAGUCCUCACUAACGUUUAUGACUUGAAGAAGGACAGCCAGCUGAGCGGCAGCCGGCGUCCAGCGUCGCCGGUUGUUGAGAAGCAGCCCGAGGAGAGGCAGCGCCUGUCGCCAGCUCCCAGCAAAGCAGACAGGCCUCUCAGUAGCCACGGCGACGACUUCCCUAAGGAGGCCAGCCAGGCCGGCGGCAGGAGUCAGCUACUCAGAGAGGGCCAGGAAAACAACCGAGAAGCUCAGGCACCACGGCGCAAUAACUGGAUUUUCAUUGAUGAAGAGCAAGCGUUUAGUUCUGUCAGAGGAGGAGGAGGAGGCAGAGGCCGCAGUCGGGGGUUCAGGGAGUUCAGCUCCAGAGGUGGGAGCCGCGGUGGCCGAGGCGGGGAGAACCUCAGAGGAGGCUACAACACCAACAACGGGGGGGCUCAGAGGCCCGCCAGAGGCCGGGGAGCGCCAAGAGACCUCUUGAAGGUCGAGGAGUUCCAGAGGGGCAAACCUCGUCGACGGAACGUCAGCGAGACCCUGAGCGAGGCGUCGGAGUACGAAGAGCUCCCCAAGAGGCGCCGCCAGAAGGGGGCCGAAAACGGCGAAGGCUACACGGAGCCCGGCGAGGUUUUCAAGGCCGACAGAGACUCCUGGAGGUCCAACAAGGUGUACACAGACGACCAGGCGGCCUCAGACAACCGAGAGAAGGCCAGGAUGAGGGGCUUCGGUGGCCGCGUUCUGCCCCCCCGGCUGAACACAACCAACGCCUACAGCCGUAACUUCGCCGGGUCCAGGGACUUCUCCUCGUGGAGGGGCCGGGGACCCCAGUUCAGCAGCAGCAGCUCGAUGCAAGAGAACGGUCACGGUCCCGGCGCCGAGGCCGCUUACUCCCGCAGGCCCCCCGCUGACCGCGAGGCCCUGAAGUACACUCCUAAGUUCUCAGGCGCCUUCACAGAAAAUGGCGGCGAGGAGCGCGAAGGGGAAAGCUACCUAGAGAACGACAACCCUGACAGACAGAUGCUGAGGAGGCGGCGCCCCCCGCGUCAGGACAAGCCCCCCCGUUUCCGCCGCUUACGCCAGGAGCGGGAACCUGGCUCGAACCAGUGGACCGGCGACGAGUACGUCAACGGAGACUUUGCCAACCCUUGGCCGGCUCGCUCCAAAGGCGGCGGAGAAGACCACUGGCCCAGCGGCCACUUCUCCGGACGCUCCGGCCAGCACGGCCCGGCAGAGGAGUGGGAGACGGGAUCGGAGAACAGCGACUUUGGGGACUGGAGGGGGAAGCAGGGCGGAAACAUGGCCGUGCAGGGACACGUCGACGUUCCCUCUGACUCGGGCCACAGCGAGCCUGGCUCCGGCGAGAAGAGGGAGCUCUCCAAGAGAAGCUUCUCCAGUCAGAGGCCGCUGGUGGAGCGACAGAACCGGAAAGGAGAACCGGCGUCGCUGCUGGAGGCGAGCAAGAUGAUCCGCACGCCUGAGAAUCCCUCCGCCUCCUCGUCCAACAGGAGCGACUCUUGGCAGAACGGAGGCACUUCCUGCAAAAGCAGGAGCCCGGAUGAGUCCGGCCCGGUCUACAGCCUGGAGCCCGCGCCAGAGGACAGAGAGCCCAGCGAGCUUACCGCAAAGAAAUUAGACAAGGACAUGAAACCAGGACCCGUCAAGACAGACUUUGCCGAACCUCUGGGGCAGUACGAACUCAGCAGCUACCCCCUUGAUGCUGACGCAGUGGGGCAAAACGUGGAUCCUGAUGGAUACCAGGACGCCUUGUCAAAAAAGCAGCGGCGGCCGCAGGAGGAUGAGAGGCGGAGGAAAGAGCAGGGAGCAACUGUGCAAGUGAAGAACCGGGCAGCCACAUCCAAGAUACCGCCGCGCUUUGUCAAAAAGCAAGGGAGUAUGAGCCUCGAGCAAACAGAGGAAGCCAUUUCUUCACCCAACAAUCUAGGAACUGAAAUCUGGGAGACCAACAGUUCAGCUCUGUCAGUGCAGUCUUCAGGGGGAGACUCGUGGACUAAACAGGUGUCUUACACCGGCAGUGAACCCAACUCUGAGGACUCGGACGCCGGUCCUGAACAGAGUAAAGAGCAGCACAAACCGGGGCCCAUCGGCAACGAGCGCUCCCUGAAGAACCGCAAGGGCUCCGAGGGUGUGGACAGACUGGAAGGUGGCCCGAUCACACCCGUCAACGGCGUGGAUCUCCACGUGGACAGCGUGCUCCCCGUGCCUCCCAUUGAGUUCGGCGUCAGCGCCAAAGACUCUGACUUCAGCCUGCCGCCCGGCUCUGCCCCGGUGCCCGUCUCCAAUCCCGUCAACAAGCUUCAGGAUACACUGGGCACCGACACUUCCCUAAAUCAGAGCAUCCCAAUGCUGCGCUCCAACCACCUGCAGCGCGGCAUCGGCCUCAACACCAUGUUCCCCACUGCAGACCUCACUCUCAAGAUGGAGUCGGCGCGCAAAGCCUGGGAGAAUUCGCAGUCUCUCCCGGAGCAAGGCUCCCCCGUCGGUGGUGCUUCAGGCGCUCAGCCUCCCUGUAGCGCCGGUUCAUCCACCGGAGUCAGCUACAGCUCUUUUGGCGUUUCCAUGCCUCCCAUGCCCGUUGCAUCAGUGGCGCCUUCCAUGUCCAUGCAAGGCAAUCCUAUCGCUCCGUUGUACAUGGACGGUCACGUCUUUACCAGUCAGCCUCGCCUCGUUCCUCCCACCAUGACCCAGCAGCAGACCUACCCACAGGCAGCAACAGCUCAGCAGAUUCCCAUCUCUUUGCACACAUCUCUUCAGGCUCAGGCUCAGCUGGGGCUCCGUGGAGGUCUGCCCGUCUCUCAGUCGCAGGAGAUGUUUAACUCCAUCCCCCCCUUCAGGUCCCAGGUUUACAUGCACCCCAACCUCUCACAGCCCAACCCCAUGGUGCUGCCUGGCGGGGGGCCCCUAAAGGGUCCUUACUCGGCUUUCCCCGGCAUGCAGCCGUCAGACAUGGUGAAGUCUCAGUCGGGCUCACACUACCAGCCUAUGAACGGCAGCCAGCAGCUGGUCUACGACAGCCAGAUGAACCAGGGGGGGAUGGGCUCCUCCCAGCUGAUGGACUCCCAGCUCAUUCAGGUGACGAUGCCCCUUCCUGGCUCGCAGCUGCGCUACGGCUCAGCCCAGCAGCACCUCAUCCUCCCUCAGUCCAUCCAGCUGCAACAGGGACAGGGACAUCCCCGCCGGAUGCUGCCACAGGGCUCCCAGGCUGCCGUCAUGUCCGGCAGCAGGGAGGGCUCACAGAUGGAAAUGAAAGGAUUCCAGUUCUCUGAGAAGCCCAACCAUUCCCCGGGUUUGUCUGGCGGUUCCUACAGGCCGGGGUCUGCGAGCCCCAGUGGAAAGCCUUCUGGUCCUGGCGGGCCUAUGGGUCCUCUGCCUACACUUUUUACUCAGCAGGUGUCGCCCGGUCAAGGCAGCAUGGUAAUGCACAUGCGACCCCCCACCACAGGCCCUUUCCCCAGUCCCAUUCAGAGACCUGUCAUGCAGGUCAGCAAGCCUGUCAUCAUCCGCUCCCCCCCUUACCCCAACCGCGACCCCUCCCAUUCCACCCCUCCUUCAGUCCCUGAGCCCCCAGUCAAAGGGCCAGAGGAUGGCAUGAAGAGCAAAGCGUUGCGAGAAGUGCGCAAAUCUUCACCGGGGGGCAUGACCAGCAAACUCCAGGAGCCCUUGCCCUCCACGGGUCAAGCCAAACCAGCACGCACCGGAGCCAUCAAACCCCAGGCUGUCAAAGUAGAAGAGGGCAAGGCAUAACAAUGGACCUUGAAGAUCCUCAUCACCUCCAGGCCUGCCAGCCCCACGGAUCCUGGACCAGACGUCCCAGCCUCUGAAACACCCACAUUAUCCCAUGGCUCCGAAGCGACGUGGGGAGGGGGGGGGGGGCACCCACACAUGCAGUUACAACGAAUUAGUGAUGGACUUCCAGAACUGGACACUUACUUCACACCAAUUAUAGAGAUAUAUAUAAAAAAUAUAUUAUGCAUACACACAUACCAUCUUUUAAGCUGAUCUCUCCAAGGUCAUCUUUAACUUAUUAUUAGACCCUUUUUAAGGAGAGAUUGGUUUGGAGGAAAAAAAUAUACUUGUUUUGUGCUUUUUUUUUUUCUUUUUUCUUUUUUUUUUUUCCUGGCAAGUGUGGAAAAAAGAAAGACGGCCAACCGGGACGGUUCACUUUUCAAGCUGUUUUGCCAAACUGUGUUUGCUUCCUGUAAAAAUGAACUGUAAGCCCUCCAGAGCAGACAGGACACUUGACAACACGACCUACUGUAAGAAGCAAAGUCUGUUAUUUCCUAUUUUACAACUUUGAAAUGCAGUGGGGCACUUCCUUUUCUUUUUUUCUUUUUUUUUUUGUCGUUUCCUUUCAGAUUUUGCUAGUAAAUAAAGGUUACCUUCAUGACCACCCGUUCAAGCCACCUGUGAAAGAUUGUUUUAUUAAUUGAUUCUGAGAAAAAAGCUCAUUUCCUUGCAUGUCGGCAUUGUGCAUCACUCCAGCGUUGCAUCUGUGAAGGUACAGGAACCCCACCCCCCCCCCACCCCACCCCCACCCCAAACACAAGCUGUCAGAACUGCUUAGAUGAGUAGAAAAGAUUUCCUUUUCUGAAAGCUGUUCUUUUUUUUUUUUUUGUCAUAUUCUGUUGCUCGCUCUGCUGUGUGAAAUUAAAGGAAAAGGACGGACAUUUGGCGAAAAUCGCAUUUCUUCCGCGGGAAACGGCACUGGCGUCGACGUGGCGUGUGCUUGUGACGAGCUGAACGACCUUGCGGGACUCCCAUCUAGCAGCUGUCUCACAAAGACUUUCAUCUACACGCUGUACGGAUCAUGAUCAGCUAAGCUGGCAAGAGUUUUGGACUUAAGAAGAGGAGGGGGGGGGGGGGGUCAGUCAUACGAAACCCUCAGAUAGCUCAAUGAAAUGAAAACUGUUGAUUUGCUCUGGUUGUAAUGAAUUCCCCCUGUCUGUAUGAAGAUGUGACAUUGUUCCUGUCCUCUGCGCCGGGGAUCACCUGAACUUGUCUUGGGCUCCUGAAGGAGAUUUAUAUUAAAGUAUAAUUCAGAUCCUACCCAACAGCACUAGGAGUGGGGGGGGGGGGCAGAAGAAACGGUCCAGUUGAUCAGCAGCUGGUCUCUGAAGUGGAACUAGCAAUAAACACAACCUAACAGAUCACAAGCUGCCGGGGCCCCAAUUAUAGACAGCUUCCUUGUGUUUUUUUUUUUUUUUUUCUGUUUAAACUGUUACAAGAGGCAUCAAGAACUUGCUGGGUAAAAAGUAAAAGUCUGCGUUCUGUUUUGAUGUGUACGCUCAGCCGUUCCAGUGGAUUUGCGAAGAAAUCCGUUUUUCUUUUAGGUCAUAAUCUGCGCUUAACUUGGUCGUUACUGGUUAGACGUUACCGUCGUGCUCCAUGACACUACAGGAUGUUUUAUUUUAUUUUAUUUUUUUAACAGUGUUUCACUGGUUUAUAUGUAAAUGCGUACUUAGCUGUACAGUCGUGGCUCGUCAAUAUCGGGGUUGGAGGCUGAAAACUGGCAUUCGGUUUUAAAUAUUGUGGCGCCAUAAAGGAUGUAAUGUUCAGCGAGUCACUGGGCUCUUAGCAAGGACUGCUUUCUGUUGGCCUUGGAGGGUUUUCGUAUAUAUUUCUGCAAAGGUUCAUGACUUUUCAUUAUCUAACACCACAAAGAUGCUGCCCUGACUUUUUCUGUACUUUCUCUGUGAUGCGUUAUUUUAUUUUUUUUAUUUUUUUGUCAGAGGACCAGUGCAUCCGGUUCAACAUUUUUAGAUUCUCCUUUCAGGUAUUUGGUCUGUGCUUUCCUUUUGAUUUAAGAUAAAGCAGCUUAUUGAGAGGGGGAAAACCGAAGCAGUUGUGGUUUCUUAAAUGUAUUGCUGAUUAAAUUUACUUGCUGAAGUAUGAAAAUCAAGUGUGCAAAAUGUCCCACACCCAUGAUGUAAAUUAUUGACCUAUAGUUGUUUGAUUUGAUUUUUUUUUUUUUUGUUUUAUUUUGUUUUGUUUAACUCUUACGAAGUUUUUUCGUCUAUAACGGGUGGGAAAAACUGACCUUGAGUCUAAACACCAGCAUCGGCCCGCAACACAAGUACUGCCAGCUUGGAAAACCAUUGUCACUUGCUUUAAAUAUUUCCCUCACAAGUUCCAUGUAUAUGUUGGGCUCAUGAUACUGCCUCAGAAAAUACUAAAGUCAUUUUAAAAUCCAA